AAUUCACCGAACAUUCAUAGCAAUUUAUGAUUUCAUACUUAUCGGCGAUAUCGCCAAGUUUUCUCCUCCCUCACUCACAAUUCCCGCCUCGUUCAGCUUGUUGAUCUAUCCUUAGCUGCUUUCUUCCUCGUCUGGAAGGGAUGAGAGGCGUGGCGCAGAUGGUCCGGGACGAGGAGAAGAGUGGCACGGAUCCCCUCAUCCAGAGGCAGACUGGAUCGUCCCGGGCCCGGAUUCAUGAGGGUUUGGGCGAAUUCAAGGACGAAGAGGCUGACACUGUUUCGUCUGCUUGCUGCCGCAUCUGCCUGGAGAGCGAUUCCGUCCCAGGUGAUGAAUUGAUAUCUCCAUGCCUAUGCAAAGGCACUCAACAAUUUGUCCACCGUUCAUGCCUUGAUCAUUGGCGUUCAGUAAAGGAAGGAUCUGCCUUCUCCCACUGCACAACAUGCAAGGCUCGGUUCCAUCUGCGUGUAGAAUUUCUGGAGGAUUAUGCAUGGCGUAAAAUAAAAUUCCGCAUUUUCGUAGCCAGAGAUGUGCUCCUUGUCUUUCUUGCUGUACAAACUGUUAUUGCUACAAUUGGUGGUAUAGCUUAUUUUCUGGACAAAAACGGGAGUUUUAGGAAUUCCUUCACUGAUCGUUGGGACCGUAUAUUGUCAAAGCAUCCUGUGCCCUUCUACUACUGCAUAGGUGUCUUGGUAUUCUUUGUGCUACUUGGGUUUUUCGGGCUUAUAUUUCACUGCUCAACCUUUAAUAGUAAUGAUCCCUGCAUGACGGGUUGCCGGAACUGUUGUUAUGGAUGGGGACUCCUGGACUGCUUCCCUGCUUCGCUUGAGGCUUGCUUUGCGGUGGUUAUCAUUUUUGUCGUUGUGUUUGCCAUCCUAGGCAUCGCCUAUGGCUUCCUUGCAACUACAAUGGCAAUCCAAAGGAUUUGGCAGAGGCAUUAUCACACCCUGACGAAGAGGGAACUAACAAAGGAAUAUGUGGUAGAAGAUCUUCACGGUCAUUACACGCCAGCGAAACUGGAUCCGGAGCAUGAAGAGCGCCUGAGGGUGCUCAAACUUCUAUAAACGCAGCAACGCCUAUAAAAGAAAAUCCUGAUUAUAAAUAUUUGUUGGUGUUGACACCAGGUAUCUGGUGACUCCUUAUCUCUAAUUAUGGUUUAAAUGUCCUGUUUUAAUCACGAUCAUGACGAAUUGGUAUUCAGUAGCCACUUCUUAAUGACCUAACCACAUAUUGUAGUGUAACUAAAA